ACACAAGCACGUUGAUCCAAAUUUUUUUUUCGUCUUAUCAAAUAUCAUCUCGUUUUUCUAUUGUUUUUUUUCUGUGGUGUUUGGCCUGAAUUCACUCUACCUCUCUCUCUCUCUCUUCUAAUCUUUCUACUAUUGAAACCAAAAUUUAAUUUUUCAUUUGAAAAACAAUUUGUGUUGUGUAAAUGUGUGUGCGGUUUGGUUAAUGAAUUUUAUAUUAUUUGAAGAUAUAAAAUUUGUUCAACAAUAACAACAACUUGAAAUUUUCAAAAGUUUUUUCAUAAAAACAUCAAAACGGAAGCCUCAUCGGGAAGUGGUGUUGGUGGCAGUGGAGGGAGUGGUGGCGGUGGUGGUGGUGGUGGUGCGGUGGCUGGAUGCGGUAGUAUAAAUAGUUCGAUUGGUUCGAAUAGUAUGAGCUCCAGUAGCAGUAGUAAUAAUAAUGCCUCAACGGCAUCAAGAGCACCGUCGCCACCACCAAAUUCUGAAACGAAUUCACCGGUGGCCGAAAGCUGGUGUUAUACACAAGUCAAAGUGAUCAAAUUCUCAUACAUGUGGACAAUCAAUAAUUUUAGCUUCUGUCGUGAAGAGAUGGGUGAAGUGUUGAAAUCAUCAACAUUUUCUGCCGGUACCAAUGAUAAACUGAAAUGGUGUUUACGUGUCAAUCCAAAAGGAUUGGAUGAAGAAAGUAAAGAUUAUCUUUCAUUAUAUUUAUUACUAGUCUCUUGUAAUAAAACCGAAGUACGAGCAAAAUUUAAAUUUUCAAUACUUAAUGCCAAACGUGAAGAAACCAAAGCAAUGGAAAGUCAACGCGCAUAUCGUUUUGUCCAAGGAAAAGAUUGGGGUUUCAAAAAAUUUAUUCGUCGAGAUUUUUUACUAGACGAAGCAAACGGGUUAUUACCAGAUGAUAAGCUAACGCUUUAUUGUGAAGUUAGCGUCGUAGCUGAUUCUGUGAACAUAUCUGGACAAAGUAAUUCAAUACAAUUCAAAGUACCUGAAUGUAGUCUAUCGGAUGAUCUAUCACAAUUGUUUGAAAGUCAAAAAUUUAGUGAUGUAAUAUUGUGUGUGAAUAAGAAAGAAUUCUUUGCCCAUAAAGCUAUAUUAGCGGCAAGAUCACCAGUAUUUGCUGCAAUGUUUCAACAUGAUUUAGCUGAAAAGAAACAAAACAGGGUCGAUAUUACCGAUAUGGAGCCUGAAGUUUUAAGAGAAAUGUUGAGAUUUAUUUAUACGGGCAAAGCACCGGCAUUGGAUAAAUUGGAUGCCGAUCUAUUAGCUGCCGCUGAUAAAUAUGAUCUCGAAAGAUUGAAAGUAAUGUGUGAAGAAUCACUUUGUUCGAAUCUAUCUGUGGAAACGGCAGCCGAUGUUCUUGUACUCGCUGAUAUGCAUAGCGCCAGCCAAUUGAAAGCUAAUGCCAUUGAAUUUAUAAACACUUUUGCUAAUAACAAUAGUCAUGCUACUGACAUAAUGGAGACAACCGGUUGGAAGAAUAUGAUACAACGGCAGCCACAUUUAAUUGCUGAAACAUUUAAAGCAUUAGUAACACAACAGAUGCCACCAAUGGGUCCACCAAGAAAACGUGUCAAACAAACAUGAAUUUUAUGAACAUUGACGAAUAACCGACCGAUCAUCGACUCGUCCAAUGAAUAAUUUUGUGUAUAUGUGUGUGUCUGACUAUCUGUCAUUGUAUGUCCACUUUCGACGAUUAU